AUGUCGGAAUCUCCGGAUGGCGCAGUCGCGUCGCACUGGUGCUACCACUGCAACAAACGCGUCCCCGUGGAAACGCUUGACGACUUCGUCGUGUGCUGCGAAUGUAACAAAGGUUUCGUCGAGUCAAUCCAGCCGAUCCCCGCCGCUUAUUCUUCGCCGGCGGCGCCACCGCUGCCGCUUUCCCCAGAUCUGAAUGUAGAAGACUCGAAUAUUGGCUCGCAUUUUCUGCAGAUGCUCCGUCUGUUGGCCCACGCGCCUUCGCAGCGGUCUCCGCCACAACUCGAUGUAUUGCCUUACGAAGAUGAAUUUUUCAGAUUGGAGCUCAAUAGUAGAAACGAAAUCGAAGAUGAAGAGGAAGAUGAGGAUGACGGAAAUGAAGAAGAGGAGGAGGAGGAAGAUAAUCUAACCGUCAACGACGAAGAAGAUGACGAUGAUGAUGAAGAAGAAGAAGGAGAAGGUGGUGGUGUAAGGAUGUUCCAUCAACCGAGGAUAUUCCCUCUGACGACGCGAUCGAGAACAGGACGAAACAGAAUUCUGGAUUGGGCUGAGAUUCUGAUGGGAAUUGAAGACAAUUCGAUCGAGUUCCGUAUGGAAUCAGAUCGAUACGCAGGAAAUCCUGCAGAUUACAUCGACGACGCAGCUGGGUACGAAGCUUUGCUUCAGAAUUUAACGGAAGGGGAUGGUGGAAGGAAAGGAGCACCGCCGGCUGCGAAAUCGGCGAUUGAGGCCUUGGAGACUUUCGAGGUUGGUUCUUGUGACAAGGAAGGAGAGAUGGCUGUGGUUUGUGCUGUGUGUAAAGAUUCGAUGGUGAAGGGUGAAACAGUAAAGAAGCUGCCUUGUGGGCAUUGUUACCAUGGGAAUUGUAUUGUGCCGUGGUUAGCAACGAGGAACUCUUGUCCUGUUUGUAGAUUCCAGCUUCAAACUGAUGAUGCUGAGUAUGAGGAAGACAGGAAAAGAACAAGUACUAGUGCUGCUGCUUCUUCUUCUUCGGCUUCUCGUUUCUAA